AAGCAUUAUCACAAGUGCACUGAGGUGUGUAACGCUGAACAACUAUCACGUUAGACGUUUAUUAGCACAUUGUUUUUAUAUACAUCGAAAUAUAAUUGUAUCUGUAGAGAUAUUUAAACUUUUACAUUGAAGCGUCUUCAAUAAGAGUUCUGGGAAACAGUAUUCGCUUUUUAAGAUGCAGUGCACUGGUUUUCUAUUCCUUGUUUAUUUUUGUUGUGCCGGGGCUUAUAAGAUUUUGGUGAUAAGUCCAAUGCCAGCUAAAAGUCAUUCUAUACUAACAGAUGCAAUUGUCAAACAUCUAUCCAGUGCUGGACAUGAGAUAACUUACGUGACAGUUUUCAUUCCUGAGAAACCUUCGCCAGGUGUCACUAUUGUAGACGUCAGUGAAAAUUUUAAAAUAUUCGAUCAAGAUGAGUCAAUUAAUAUCAAAAAAGUACUAGAUAAAACUGAUGAGAGUUCUAGUAUCAGAAGUAUGUUGUCGCUGAUAAUGAAUUUAGGUAACAGAACAUUAUCUAAUCCAAAUUUUCAGAAACUGCUGAGUGAUAAGAAUGAAUAUUUUGAUGUUCUCAUUAUUGAAUGGAUGUUCACUGAAGUGUAUGCCGGACUUUCCAAUGUCUACAAUUGCCCUUACAUCUGGUUUUCAUCUGUGGAACCACAUUGGAUGAUAUUAGAUUUAAUAGAUGAAUCCCCGAAUCCAUCGUACAAUUCAGACAUCACCUCUGAUAGUGUCCCGCCAUUUACUUUUCUGCAACGUGUUAAGGAGCUAUCUUUCCAGGCUUUGGGCAGACUUUUACGUUAUUAUUACACAUCAUCUGUGGAAAAACAACUUUAUGAGGAAUAUUUAAUACCGCACAUAAAGAGCCGAGGUGGAGAAAUUUUCUCUUUGGAUACUUUAAAAUAUAAUGCAUCAUUGCUGCUAAGUAAUUCUCACGUAUCCUUGGGUAUGCCAGUGAGACAUCCGGCAAAUUUUAUCCCUAUUGGAGGAUACCAUAUUGAUUCCAAUGUUAAGCCUUUACCCCAGAAUCUGCAAUCAAUAAUGGACAACGCUACACAUGGAGUUAUUUACUUUAGUAUGGGAUCUAAUUUAAGAAGUAAUCAUUUUCCGGAUGAAAUCAAACAAUCUCUGUUGAAAAUAUUUGGUAAAUUAAAUCAAACUGUUCUUUGGAAGUUUGAAGAGGAUCUUCCAAACCGCCCCAGCAAUGUGCACAUCUUGCAAUGGGCACCACAACAGAGUAUUUUAGCACAUAAAAAUUGUAAACUAUUUAUAACACACGGCGGUCUUUUAUCAACAACAGAAACGAUCCAUUUCGGCGUACCCAUCAUCGGCAUACCUGUCUUUGCCGAUCAAUACGUUAACGUUGAUAGAUCUGUGAAGAAAGGUUUUGCUAAAAGAGUCUAUCUUUCCUAUACAAUGGCUUCAGAAUUGCAUGAAGCUAUAAUUGACAUCCUCAGGGAUCCAAAAUACACGCAAAGAGUAAAGGAAUUGUCUUUGAUUUACCACGAUCGAAUAGCGACUCCUGAUAAAGAGUUAAUACAUUGGGUGGAACAUGUGGUGAAGACUCGAGGCGCACCACACUUGCGGUCGUUAGCAUUUUCGGUCAACUGGUAUCAAAAGAUCUAUCUAGAUCUAAUUCUAGUCGUAACUUUAAUUUUCACAACCGCUUUUUUUAUUUUAAACUAUUGUUUUAAUUUUAUUAAAACGAAAAUGGUUAAAAAAAUUAAAAAAAAUUAGGUGUAUACUGAUCAAUUUUAAUAAGAUAAAAAUAUUUAAUAAAUAGUUAAAUUAUAUUUGG